AUGGCUGUCACUGAUGCGGAGCCUCGGGUCAAGCCCACCAAGCCCGAUGAGGCCGCCUACAAGGCCAGUCUCGCUCAGGCUGAGAAGGAGCACACUGCCGCCCAGGAUAAAUUGAACCAAAUUAAAGCCAAAUUGGACAAUGCCAAGCCCAACAACCAGGACUCACCCACCGUCAAGAAGCAGCAGGAGCUUCGCGCUGAACUUUCGUCCAUCCGCCAGAAGCAGUCCGGCUUCAAGUCCAGCCGUUCCUCCAUUCAGGAGAAGAUCAACGCCUUGGACGCCAACCUCAAGUCCCGCAUUGCUGAACAAAAUACCUCCCGUGGCCGUUUGUCAUUCAAGAACGUUGAGGAGAUCGAUAAGGAAAUUGCCCGCCUCGAGAAGCAGGUCGACUCUGGUACCCUCCGCUUGGUGGAUGAGCGCAAGGCUCUCACCGAGGUCUCCAACCUGCGCAAGCAGCGCAAGAGCUUUGCCGGUCUGGAAGAGUCGCAGAAGGGCAUCAAUGAUAUCAAGGCGCAGAUCUCUGAACUCCGCAAGACCCUCGAUAACCCCGAGGCCAAGGCAUUGAGCGACAAGUAUGCCGAGAUCCAGAAGGAGCUCGAUGCCAUUAAGGCCGAGCAGGACGCUGUCUUCAAGAACUUGAACACUCUGCGCGAUGAGCGCACCAAGUUGCGCAACGACCAGCAAGAAAAGUACACUGCUAUUCGCACUAUCAAGGAUACCUACUUCAAGGCUCGCCGUGCCUACAAGGAAUAUGAGGAUGAGGCAUGGCGUGUGCGCCGUGAGCGCCAAAAGGCUGAGCACGAGGCCUUUGCCCGCGAGAAGCGCAAGAAGGUUGCUGACAAGAAGCUCGAGGAGGCUUCGCAGCUUGCCUACGCUGAUGAGAUCCUGACUGCCCAGGGUCUGAUCCGUCACUUUGAUCCCGCUUAUGAUUUCUCUGCUCUUGGUUUGGACGAGAAGAAGGAUGAGGGUAGCAACUUCCGUGCCGGAGUUGGCCGCACUGUUGAAGCCGCUGAGAUUAAGGGCAUGAAGGUUGUGCGCAAGAACGACGAGGAAGACUACUUCGUUGGUACCGGUGGCAAGAAGGGCAAGAAGGGCGGCAAGAAGGGUGGUGCUGCCGCUGCCGCUGAGAGCACCAAGUUCAAUAUGAACGUUGGUAUCAUUGAGGACUUCGCCAAGGUCAAGAUCGACCCUCCCAUGAACCAGUCGGAUGUCCCCGCUGCCGUGGAGAAGCUGGCCGUCAAGAUCACCGAGUGGAAGAAGAACCAGGCCAGCAAGACCGCCGAGAAUAUCAAGAAGGCCCAGGAAGAGAUUGACCGCCUCGAGGAGGAGGAGACCAAAGCCUCUGUCGCUCAGAGCAAUGGCCGUGCUACCGAUGCUGCCAAGAAGCCCGCCCAACACAACGCCGCUCCCUCAGCGGAGGCCGAGCUUGCUCAGGAGCAGGACGCCAUCGCCGACGUAGAGGAUGAGCUCAAGCAGGCCUCGAUCGAGGACAAGGCAUGA